UCCUCCAGUUCCUCUUAUUCUUCCUCCUUCCUCCCCGUCCUUGUACCUCUUCUUUCUUUUCUCUUUUUUCUUUCCUGUGCUUCUCUGCGCCGCCCCCUAACCUUUUGGGGAGGCUCGGGUCGCUCCUGCCUCCUUCUGCUGCUCCCACGUUUCUGCAAUCGCUGCUGCUGCUGUUGCUGCUGCUGCUGCUGCUGCUGCUGCUGCUGCUGCUGCUGCUGCUGCUGCUGCUGCUGCUGCUGCUGUUGGUGGUGCUGGCGCUGUCGCAUCUGCAUCCACGCCGCCCCUGCCGUGUUGCCGGGAGUCGGGCUGUUUUCCGCUCCCGCCUUCCAGUCCCUGGGUGCUUUCGGCAUCCUUAAUUGUGUAUUUCCUUAAGGUGAAAGACCUUUGCCCCUCCCCUAUUCCAUUCGCUCCCACCUUCCCGAAGACCUAGGACCCGGGGCAGAGCUGAGCGUGGGGAACAAGCGGGCGAGAGAAAGACUGGCCACCGAAGAGGCUGCAGCGCACCGUCGCUUUCCUUGCGCGAAUUCCAUGUGGAUCUUUCGGGCUUCCCCUCUGGUUUUUGGAUUACAAAUCUGCACCUGAAUGAUCGCCUUGUCCCAAACCGGGAAUCUGCAUCUGGGCCAGCGGUAGAGACUGCAGACUCCAGGAGGAGAGCUGGGGGCGGGGGGUGGGAAGGGUGGGAACCCUGGGGAAAGAAGAGGCCCCCGCUAGAGGAGGGCGAGUUGAACCCGCUGAAUUGGCUAGAGAAGUGAUCGAGGAGAGCGGAAUGGGGAAAUUUCAGUCCAAACACGCAGCAUGCAAGAGAAGAGAAAAUCCAGAAGGGGACAGCUUUGUGGUGAACUCCUACGUGGGCAACCGUAAAGGUUUGGAAGAAGGAGACAGGUUUGGAGUCGGAGAGCACAGAUCGAGAGACAAACAGGAGCUACUGAAUGGAGAAGUAAAAGAGGGACAUUUUCGGGAGGAUCAAUGCCCCCUGGAGGUUGCUCUUCCUCCUGAGAAAGUAGAAGGAUGUGAAGGCUACGUACAACCUUUUAAUCUAGAAGAUGGAGAAAAAAAUGCCAAUAAAGACAUAAACCGAGGAAUGGGGAAGAAGCGGUUAAAUAUCGAUGAGCUUCAAUGCGAUGUCUCAGUAGAAGAUGACAAUCGUCAAGAAUGGACAUUUACCCUGUAUGAUUUUGACAACAGUGGAAAAGUAACCAAAGAGGACAUGUCCAGCUUGAUGCACACCAUUUAUGAAGUUGUAGAUGCUUCAGUCAACCACUCCUCCACCAACAGCAAGACACUCCGGGUGAAACUGACUGUGAGUCCUGAGCCUUCGAGCAAGAGGAAGGAGGGACAUCCAGAUCGAGAAGCUAUUCGAUGUAAAACCGAAGGUGAACACUCUGAAGAAAUGAGGAUUUCAGACAAGAGACUAUCUGCUCAUGUCAGGAGGCCAAACAAUGAUCACCACCAUUACACUGUGCGUGAGCAGUACUGUGUUGAUGAAAAUACCGAGAGAAGGAACCACUACCUUGACCUUGCUGGAAUUGAGAACUACACUUCAAAGUUUGGGCCAGGUUCCCCUCCAGCGCAACCCAAACAAGAACACCACGGCCGAGCCUCCCAUUCCCAAAACAGGUCCCGUUCCCAGGAGUCCGAGGCUCACGUGGUGCAUCACCGGAGGUCCCAGGUGCUCGCCGAUUAUGCUGUCCCUCUGGCGGCUGAACCCACCCCGAGGGUCCUGGAGAUGCAGCAGAGGCUCAAAGGCCAAGAGAAGCAGUUCCUGAAGUCGCCCAAAGGCUCUGGCAAGAUGCCGGCCGUGACAGGAGGCAGUGGGGGUGUGAAGCCGGGGAAAGCUUUUAACUAUUACAUGCCCGCCGCCCCCUCCCCGGCCGCCCAGGAUGUGUACCACCUCCAGCAGCAGCCACACGCUCACAAGAAGUACCGGCAGAAAGCGAAGGACUCCCACUCCCCGCUGAAAGCCACUCACUCGCAGCCCGCAGUCCUGGAGCAUGAGGUGAUCAGGGAUUUACCCCCUGUCCUAACCAACGAGGGCUACGUCAUUCCCGUCAUUCAGAGACACGAGCAUCACCACCACCACGAACACCACCACCACCACCACUAUCACCACUAUCACCAGUCCUGAGGGAGGCCCCGAGCCUCCGUUCCGAGUCAAUGGCGGGGAACUGUCUCCAGGAAUGGACGAAAGGAGGGGGGAGGGGGGACAGCGAGGAAAGGGGAGAGUGUAUUCAUCUGUUUACUAAUUAUAGCAUUGGGGUUCUCUUUCCUUCUGAAAUGAAGCAUUGGCACGCACGCACACACACACACACACACACUCACAAGUGCUCAAUGUAGAAUUGCUUUUCACUAAAAAACAAAAACAAGCCACCUACAGAUUUGCAUAAAGAAUUCUUUUCCUUUCUAGUGAAUAUUUAGCUCUAGAUCUCAGGUGUGGGUACAGCUACAAAGUUGUGCCACGAUGCUCUACAGAGAGGUCAUUUUCAACAAAUACUGUAGUCUCGUUGUGUUUGUAAUGAAGCCUUUGAGGCCACUGCCACCUCUCAGAACGCUGUUUUGUGUACUCCAUAAAAACCGUCUAUAUAUAUUUGUAGAAAGAGAAAUUUAUAUCUGCUUAUGUUUAUAAUUCCAAGAUGAGGCCUUCUUUUUGGUAAAGAAAAAUAAUAAUAAUACUAAUCUCUGCUCAGAUGAUCUUACGAUAUUUUUCUCACAUCUCUGUUGAGUCUUUCUAUUGGUGCUUCCAACUAUUUCCUGGGAGAGUCAGCUGGCGAUUGGUAGCUAACCUGUGAGCAUAGGUUGUGUGUGUCCAGGGUGAAUGUAAUGCAUUGUAACCUUUAAAAUAAUUUAUUUGUUAUUAGGUCCUGAUGGUGGUCUUACGAACAACUUUCUCAUGGUCUGCAAAGCUGUGGGUGGUUCCCUUUGAUACAGGGUGGGAAGCACUGAACACAUAGUGAGGGAAAGGCAGUAAGUAGCUUGGUGUUGAGUGGUUGCUGAAUGGCCUUGCGGUUCCUGGGAAAGGGAACUUAAGAGGCUUUCUGCCUGGGACCCAGCUACCCAAGUCAUGUAACCCAACACAAAGAGCAGUGAACUAGAGAGACUCUAGUGGGACAUUGGUUCAAAUCCCAGCUCUUGUCACAAACUGAUGGUAUUACUAUGGUUGAGUCAUGACUCUUCUGGGUCUCAGUUUCCUCAUCUGUAAAGAGGUUAUUUUGAUAUCCCUUAAGUCUCUUCCAGCUUCCAAACUCAAUGAUUCAAAGGAAUGUUAGAUUUGAGGGGAAAAGGAAAGAGAAGAAAAAGGUAAACAUAGUUAAUUGCUAUUUCCUUAUAAGGAUGGUAGUCCUCAAGCAAACUAAGGAAAAGGAGUUCUUUUCAUUUAGGGAAUCACCAACAACUAAGUGGAUUCAAUAGACAGAUGGUGGAAUGGUAGUGGAGAUGUGGGUGGUUUUGGAAGGGGAGGGGAGCAGAAGAGAUUGGGUCACUACAUUGAAGGCAGGUUUCUGGUCCCUGUUCUAGGACUUGAAGCUUAAUUUGUUUGUGCCUCAGUUUCCUGAUCUCUAAAAUGGGAAUCUCCCAUAUUGGAAGGAUAAUGGAUGGGUAUUAUUGUGAGUCAGUCAUAUGAGUAGAGUAGAGAAGAGUAGAGAAUGGCGUGAUAUUAAUUGGAAGUAUUGUUGUAACUGUGAUGCAACUACUCUCUGAGUUGAGGAAAUGGACAUUUAAAUUCCCAUAUCCCCGCUAAAGCUACCUUCUUUUAAUAGUUAAGUCACCUAUUUCAGUUAGAAAAAGGACAAAAUAUUGGGGAUAAACUACCCAAGAGCUGGGCAGUACCUUGAGUGAAUUUUAGUGUUCUGCAAUGUAAGGUCAGCAACUGAGACUCACAGUUCUAGUUAAAGGAGGGAAGUGUACGGGAUACACUAAUGGAAAGGUAAGAGAUAUGUUGUUUUGGUUUGUUUUUUUUUGGGGGGGGGGAAUUUGUGAAUUUGUAUAUCUGACCUUGUAUUUGCUUUUUCUUAAUAUUGUACUAGUAAAACAAUAAGCAACAUUUCAUUGGAUUUUUUUCAGCUGUCAUAAUAAAGUGUGUCUUUAUAACAUUAUACACUACUUUAAAAGUAAGCUUUUCCUCAUAUAUACAGUCCAUAUAUAUCUAUAUCAAUGUAUGAUUAUAGAUAUAUAGAUAUGCACACAGUAUAUAUAUGCACUUGCUAUAUAGAGAGCAUAUCUAUCUGUAUAUAUACAUUUAUAUAAAAAGAAAAUUAAUAUAUAUAUAUAUAUACAUACACACAUGACUCCAUAUUUAUGGAUAAAGUUAUAUCUUUUCCAUUAUGCUGCUCUCAAAAGAAAAACUGAAUUCUAAACUAGAUUAAUGAUAGAGGGAACAAGUUCUAUACCAUUGCCUCACAUUAUAGAGACCAAGUAAUCGAUGAGAAUUUUGGCUCUUUGUAAAUAGAAGUUUGGUUGUCGGAGCAAAAGAAGCCCCUACGUUCUUCUAGGCACUUAUUCCUAUUGUGCUCCCAUUUAUAGGUUUUUUACAAUUGUGUCCAGUUGGAAAAGCAGUUGGUUUCCCCUUCCAUAAUCUGAGGUUAUAAUUGACUCACACAGAAAGGGAUUUUGAGAAUUGAGGGAAUUACUUGGCUCAUUCGAUCCCCAAACAUCCUUUUUGUCUUAACUAUCUAAAUGUAUCAAGGCGAAAGGCCACUAUGCAGGAGGAGGGAGACUACAGGGGAGCCCGAGCUGCCCUCUUUCACAUUCCGUUUGCAUGGGAUCUCUGAACACAUAUGUGCCACUAAGUGUUUUGGACAGUAUUCUUCCAAUAAAAUCCUAGUGUAACAAAGUAGCUCACAUCACUGUAUGGAUAUUUUUUUUUUUGCAAAAAACAAAAUGCUUUGUAAUAGCUGUAUUGGAUUUCAUUUGUACAUGGACUUAAAUAAAUUCAUUAUUUAUUUAGUUCCA